GGGGGGGGUAAUGGGCCCAAUGGGAUGGGUGCCGCGACCGGACUGGCGAGACUGGGGUUAGGUCGGCGGCGCGGCGGCCGGCGUCGGCGGCGAGACUGGGGUUCGGCCGGCGGCCGGCGGAGGCGGCGAGACUGGGACUCGUCCUCCCUCGGAGGACAUCCCCCGCCCCUCUGUUUCUCUCUGCUCCGAGGGAGGGCCACCCCACCCGACCGGGGGGGCGCCAGGAGGGAGUGCCGCGCCCGCGCCCGGCGGCUGGCCUCAGCUACUUACGGCCGAUAGGCUAAGGUAAACAGAAUAGCUCUAUUGGAGAGAUUACACCUGCAGGGUGAGGAGAUUGAUGAUCUCAUAUGGGAGGAUGAGGUUGACGAAUCUGAGGAGAGGCCUAAGUGGCUUGCACUAGCCAGGUUGCUGACGGACAAAAGUUUCAGUCAAAGUGAAUUGAUCGGGGACAUGCGUGCGGCAUGGAAUCCGGCUCAGGAUGUAGUCUGGAGAAGGAUAAACCCUAACCUUUUCUUGAUUCAGUUCCAUUGUCUUGCGGACUGGAAUAAGGCCCUGCAUCAGGGUCCGUGGGAUUUUAAAGGUUCAGCUCUUCUGAUGACUGAAUAUGAUGGGUUCUCAAACCCAGAGAAAGUCAAGAUUGAUAGGUUGGAAACGUGCUGUCAAAUCCACAAGUUGCCGGAUGGAGUUUUGAAAAAUAAGAACUUUCUGGAAAACAUGGCAAAGCGUAUAGGGGAGGUUCAGGAGGUUCAGAUUACACUCCCUAACAGAUUCAAAUCACCCUCAUGGAUUCGUAGGUGAAUUCAUCCGAGUCCACAUAAAACUAGAUAUGCACAAGAAACUCACUAGAUUUGUAAGUUUUAUGAGGAAGGGUGAGACUGAGUUCUAUCAAGUAAAGUUCGAGAAACUGCCGACGUUUUGCCAUGCUUGUGGGAAAAUGGGACAUUGGCAUGAAGAAUGUGGCUCGGGAGAGCAUGAUGAGAAAAAGGUUGAAUGGGGUCCCUUUAUCAUGGCUCCUAGAAGAGGCGGGGGAGGUGGUAGAGGGACAGGACCAAGCCGAGACGGUGGUGCUGGGCGUGGUGACAUGAAUGGCACAGGUCUGAGAGGAGGUGCGGGAAGGGGCAUGAAUGGAAGGGCCGGUGCAGCUGCAUGGAGGUUGAAUUAUGAUCCAACGAAAAAUCCUGAUGAUCCCAAUGCAUGGAGUAUGAUUAUACAGGAAAGGAUGGGGCAGCAACUAGUGAAAAUAACUUAGCUUUGGUGGUCAGAUCGGAGGAGAGUCAGACUUUGUUGGGGAAGAGACAAGCAGUGGACAGUACAAAUUUGGGAUCAUCAAGGAACCCAGGCGAGGGAAUGGUUGCAAAUAUUGUGGAUCGGUUUGAGCUGUCUAAUACUGAGACAGCGGCUGUAGCUACUGUUGUUACUCCUCAGGAAAACAAGAAUAGAAAGAAGCCUCGAACAGAAGAGGAUGGUACUAAUGAAUCUGUUUCCAAGAUGGAUGAUGAAAAUGAUGCAAACCAAAUGAUAUCGGCGGCCUCUUGAGUUAGAGGCUGUUCGGACACAAUGAAAAUCUCAAGCUAUAAUUGUCGUGGCCUCAUUGGGGCUGUGGCAGUCCAGGCUCUGCUGAAAGUUCUUUUACAGAGCAGCCCGGAUGUGGUGUUUCUGCUGGAAACUCAUUUGGAUGAGUGGCCUGCAGAGUGUCUAUGUCGUAAAGUGAAGAUGGACUGUAAGGAAGUGGUUAGUAGUGAUGGAUGUUUCUCUUCGGUAUAAGACUGAAAAUUUUAUUGACGUCAGUAUUGGAAAUGAACAUGAAGCAGUUUGGAGGUUUACUGGUAUGUAUGGAGAACCAAGAUGGCAAAACAAGCACUUGACUUGGCAGCGGCUAAGAGAUUUACAUGCUAUUGCCAAUAUGCCGUGGUUAGUUAUGGGACAUCUGUAUGGAAUACUCUACCCAUUUGAGAAAGAUAGUGGGAACCCGAGACCACCAGACUAUAUGCAAGCCUUUAGAGCCGCUCUAGAGGAAUGUAAGAGGCAAAAACAAUGGAACUUUAGCUUUAGUUAUACCUUCUUAUCAACCUCCCUGUAGUGCACCGAAAAGGUGAAUCUAUUGUUUUCAACCGAUGCACCCUUUAUCUUUCUGAUAACCUCCUCCAUACGCUCUCUCGCCUGUCAUGCAAGUAAUGCAUUAGCAUUUCCAGAAUGUAAUGAAAUUGAAUAACAGAUAUGCGCACUAUUAUAUUCCGUUGUAUUUUAUACCUGAUUUAUAACAGGUUGAUACUCGCUGGCAGGUUCGUAGGCUUCUGUUUCGUCACUCUGCAGGUCAAAUAGUACGUAAAUUACGAGCGCGUCAAAGAGAAAGGAUAAACUACAUAUAGGAAUUGCUAAAUUUAACAAUGACUUACGAGUUUGAUAUCUGAUCCGUGGCUCCCUGCGUAAUGCAGAUUUUCAAGCAUGAUGAAAUUUUUUACCUGCAGAUGAAUAGCAAAACAAGUGAGUCGCUAAUUACAAAUGUAUAGAACAUCGAAAUUAAAAGGCUACUGGAUACCCAUUAGCCGGUAAUACCUUAUCGUGGGCCCUUCCACUGACAACUGAAGUGGCGCACAAGGAGGCAAUUUCUUGAACAGCAUCACGCAUCUGAUUAUAUGGAAUCAGGGAUUAGAAAGAUUUACAUGUUAUGACCGGGGUAACUUAUACCCGGAGGAGGCCCACUGGGCGCGUUUAGUUAGGGGCUUAGCCCAAAAGUUAUCUUAUUUUUAUUAGCAUCGUGAUUAUAUAAACAGUUGUAAAGACUCUUUUGGAAAUCAAGCAAUAAGACAAUUCUAUUGCCCGGCUCCCUAAGGAGCCCUAACCCUAAACCCUAACCGCCUCCUACCAUCGUCGCCGCCUCCUCCCUCGCGCAUGAGGGCGCCCAGCCGCCGCCGGCCGUGUGUUCGCCCACAUCCAGCUCCCUUCUUCCCCUACAACCUCCGGCCUAGACCCGGUAGAACCCUAGUUCCUACCACUUUGGUAUCAGCUAGCUCGGUUGUGAUCAUGUCUUCGCCGCCGCCCAUCCCAUCCCUCCCGCUGCCCACUGCCACAACCGCCCCGCUGUCCACAACGACCAGCGCGCCUCCCUCGUCGGUGCCCGUCACCGCCGCCGCGCCGGUCGCCGCCGUCUUCUCUCCGGAGGAGGUCACCGGAGCAAUCCGCGAUCUCGCCACCACGGUCCAAGGCAUCCGCCUAUACCUGGCGGGCCCCUACGGGCCACCGCCGGCUGCGCCAACCGCCGCCGCCAUCGGGGCCCUUCUCCUGCCAUGGCAGCCGCCGCUCCCGGGGGCCUCCGCGGCGCUGGUCGGGCCGCUGCAGCUGCAGCCACCCCCAGCUAUGGCCGCCGUGGUCGUCCCCGGCCACCGCGGUUUCCGCCAUGUCCGGCGCCCCCAUGCAGCCGCAGCUGCAGCUGAAGGCGCCACCGCGGCCCAGCACCGGGUCGGCUACGACCGCGCCGGCGGGCGUUCCGAUCCAACAGGUUCGGUUCCCGCCCUCGCCGUCCCAACUUCCACCCUGGUUGGCCGGGCCGUCACCGCCGCCGGUCUAUACUAUGGUCGGGGAAUAGCCAGCGCCUCCCAUAUGCCGUACGGCGGGCCACCGUUUCACGAGGACCCCCUGUGCACACCGGGUCGGCGCCAUCUUCUUUGCUGCUCCGUACCGCCGAGCUGUACGCUCACGGCGGUCAUGCUCAGACACCGCCGCGUUUCGCCAAGCUCGACUUCGCCACCUACGACGGCACCGAGGACCCCCUCAACUGGCUCAACCAGUGUGAGCAAUUCUUCCGGGGGCAACGCACGCUGGCGUCGGACCGCACCUGGCUCGCCUCUUAUCACCUUCGGGGCGCCGCACAGACGUGGUAUUAUGCCCUCGAGCAGGACGAGGGCGGCAUGCCCCCAUGGGAGCGCUUUCGCGAGCUAUGCCUCCUUCGCUUCGGGCCGCUAAUACGCAGGAGCCGGCUGGCAGAACUCGGUCACCUCCCCUUCACCUCCACGGUGCAGGACUUCGCCGACCAUUUCCAGGCCGUGGCGUACCACGCGUCGGGCGUGACGGCUCAGUAGCGCGCCGAGCUCUUCGUCGAUGGUCUGCAGGAUCACAUCCGUGUGGACGUGGAGCUUCGGGGACCCCAGAAUCUCUAGACGGCCAUGUACUACGCUCGUGCCUUCAAGCGUCGUGCGCAGGCCUUGUAGCAGGCGGCACCGGCUCGGGGUGGCCGACAGCCCGCCAGGCCGCCCC